GCUGUUCCCCCCCCCCCCCCCCCCCCCCAUGCUGCCCUCCAGCAAGCUUAGCAGUGCUCCUUCCCCUGUAGCUCUGUGCACAAAUGCACCCUUUGCUGGUUAGCUGAAGCCCUGUGCCGGGUCUUUCCAUCACUGCUCCCAUGUACCAGCUGCUUGUCCUACUGGUGGUGGAAAAUGCCUUGUGGGCUUUUUCCUUGUGUGGAGGGAGGUUCCAUGCACUGAGGAGCAUCCCUGGGGUCCUGUGGAUGUGCUCCAUCCUCCUGGUUACAGCACAGAUGGAAACCCCGGAGCCCCAUGACCCCACACCCUGGGUUCACCUUCCCCUGGCUGACGUGGCCCCUUUGGAAGUGACGCUGUACCCCAAAGCCCGUCCUCUGGGGACUUACGAGCGCUCGGGAUGCCCGGAUAUGGGAUUUACAAUGGGUGGAUCUUUGCCAGGGGCUGGGCUGCUGCCUCCUGACCCCACAGGGCUGCCCCUGGUGACGCAGCCCAGGAGCCUGGCAUGGGAAAAGACGUCAGGACUGGGAGAAAUGGGGCCAUGGCUGAUGAGGUGCCCUCUGGGUUCAGCCCUCCCCUGGCUUCAAACACUGUGACCCAAAGCCCUGAGGAGUUUGGGGUGGGAGGAGGCUGUGAAUCCCCAGGUUUGGAGGUGAGGUGGGGGGAGUGGGGGGCUCCUUAUGCCCCCCCAUAUCUGUGUCCCCAGGUGAGGGUGCCAGCAGUGCCCUGAGCAAAUCCUGGCAGCAGCGGGAGCACACCAGUGCGUUUGUAGCUGAGGGCUUCAAGGAAGGGGGCAAGCAUGUCAUCAGGUUUCCUCUGAGAACAUUUUUAUUGCUGCUGCAGUCAUUUCCCACCGACGUUCCAUGGGUCCUGAGGUCUUGGACUGAGGCCACGGGGCUCAAUCCAGCAGCCAUCCCCCGUACACCAGGGCUGGGUGCCGAGCAGGGAUCUGCUGCAUCAAGAGCUGGAAGCCAGCAGCACGUCUUGCAUGAAGGAGUCCUCUGCUGCUGCAGUUCUCAGGCAGUUCAGCUUGCUGUCUGCAUCACCUGUGUGUCCCCACCUUGUGCUGGUUGGGCACCAUGAGCCGUGCUGGGCUCCUGCACGCUCUGCAGUGAUCACACUGUGCUCGGUCAGGCUGCAGCUUCUCAUCCAACUGCAAUGAGUUCAGCUGUUCUCUGCACAAGCCUCUGCUCCCUCACUGGUGUCAGAAAACAAGGGGCUUUUCCCCUGUGCAGUGCUCAGAGCAGCCCCCAUGAGGGCAGCAGCACUGGUAGGUUUAUGGCCAAGGGGCUGUGGUUGCCAUUCCCACCCUCAGCCCUACAGGAAAUCCCCAUUCCUCCAUUCCCCUCUUUCUCUGCUCCUUAGCAGCAUAGCUGGACCAGACCUGAGCCACCACCCCAUGUGUCCCCACCACUGUCCACCUCUUCUGCCUGAUGGCAGCAGGCAUUUGUCCCAUGCCCUGCAUGUGGUGUGCUGUUGGUGCUCAGGGCUGACACAUAGCAAUGCUAUCAGCUACAGAGAAUGGAGGUUAACAGCUCCCAGCUGUUCACAGCUGCCCUGAUAACUGGCUGUGCCCACCUACAGUCAUGCUGCCCUCCAUCGUGGGCAGCCCAACACUCCCUCAGCCAACUGGGAGGAGAAACCCACAGGGAGGCAGAAACCCAGCCUAUAAAGCAUCCUCCCCUUUGGGAUGUGGGGAAGUCUCUGGUGGAGGAGGAGGCCGUGCUGGGAGCACGAGAUGCUGGCAGGAGGCAGCAGAAGGGUGCAGCAGGGUCUGCUCAUCGUGGCCAUCGCAUGGAGCGCCGGCUCCUUCCACUCACCAGCUCUGGCUUUGCAGAGGUAGAGUUGUUGCUGAAGGAGCACAGUGUGCUGGCUUUUGCCCUCUCCUUGGUUUUCUUUUUGGCGUUGAGGACCACAGAGCUCUCCUCUCUGCUCCUCCACACCUGCUGAGAAACACCUUCCCUCCUCCUCCUCUCUCUGGCACUAUAAGCACACCUCGCCCUCCUUGCUUCUCUUCCCCUCUCCCUCUGAGCACUGCAUGGCACAGCAGCACCUCUCCCUCCAUUCCAACCUCCGAAGCCAGCGUGACGCCUUCCACCUGCAACAGCAACGAGCCGAGCCUCGGGCUGAACUCAGCACGAACCCCCCGGAUCGCUCUGCGGAGGAUGCCCUCCAUCCGGCAGACGCUGCAGGAGAUGGGCGUGAAGGUGUCCGACGUGUUCCCCGAGCUGCGGCAGAGGCGCUGCGGGGCGGGCGGCCCCCGAAACGGAACGGCUCCCACCCUCCUCACCAACUACCUGGAUACGCAGUAUUACGGUGAGAUCAGCAUCGGCACCCCCCCGCAGACCUUCAAGGUGGUCUUUGACACGGGCUCAGCCAACCUGUGGGUGCCGUCCUGCAAGUGCUCCCCGCUCUACAGCGCCUGCAUCUCCCACAGCCGCUACGACUCCUCCAAGUCACGGACAUACAUAGCCAAUGGUACAGGCUUUGCCAUCCGCUACGGGACAGGCAGUGUCAAAGGCUUCCUCAGCCAGGAUGUGGUCAUGGUAUCGGACAUCCCCAUCAUCCAGGUCUUUGCUGAGGCCACGGUGCUGCCUGCAUUCCCCUUCAUCUUUGCCAGGUUUGAUGGGGUCCUGGGCAUGGGCUACCCCAGCCAGGCCAUUGAUGGCAUCACCCCCGUCUUCGACCGGAUCCUCUCCCAGCAGAUCCUCAAGGAGGACGUGUUCUCUGUCUACUACAGCCGAGCUUCAAAGAACUCUCCUCUGAAACCUGGUGGGGAAAUCAUCCUGGGGGGCACCGACCCAGCCUACUACACCGGGGACUUCCACUACCUGAGCAUCAGCAGGAGUGGGUACUGGCAGAUCAGCAUGAAAGGGGUGUCUGUAGGGGCUGAAAUGUUGUUCUGCAAGGAGGGCUGCUCAGUGGCCAUUGACACCGGAGCAUCCUACAUCACUGGCCCGGCCGGCCCUGUGUCCGUGCUGAUGAAAGCCAUUGGAGCAGCAGAGAUGACUGAAGGAGAGUACGUGGUUGACUGUGAGAAGGUCCCCCAACUGCCCAACAUCUCCUUCCACCUGGGUGGGAAGGCGUACACGCUCAGCGGCUCAGCCUACGUCCUCCGGCAAACUCAGUACGGGGAGGACAUCUGCGUGGUGGCUCUCUCGGGGCUGGACAUCCCCCCCCCUGCCGGACCCCUCUGGAUCCUGGGCGCCAGUUUCAUCGGGCACUACUACACCAAAUUCGACCGCCGCAACAACCGCAUCGGCUUCGCCACCGCCCGCUGACCGCCGGGGGGGGACCGGGAGCCGGCUGGGAGGCAGGGAGCAUCGCUGGGGAGAGAGAGAUUCAACACGCGAACGAGAGCAGCGCUUCCUUAAAGCACAGCCACCUCCUCUCUGCACUGAAGCAACUGCAAAGCCUCGUGUUCUCCCACUCCAAAACCCCCGCUCUGCUUCCCGAGAGCCUCUGCUGCCAUUAUGGGGGGGGGGGAAGUGGAGCCUGGGAGCAUCGCACAGAGGAAUCAAAGAGGGAUCCUGCAGCUGGAGCUGCACCUCCGGGGGCUUUGCGUGGUGAUGUGCAUUGCUGCCGGCUGGGGGAGAGGAGCUUGCAGGUUGCAGACCCUGUGGAGUGAUGUAUGCUCGCUGCUCUUGUUGUUCUUAGAUGGGAGGAAGAUUAAUCGGUAUCAUCAGGCUGCUUACAGUGAUGGUUCUUUCAUCUGGUGUUAACCCUGCCCCUCUCUGUAAUUUAAUAUUAAACAACCCCAGAGCAGCAGGCAGGAA